GAUGUGGAAUUUAUUUAGAAGCAUUCCAACACUCAUAAAAAAACAGCUCAUUACAGUGGAGUGAAGUCAGCAGCUGUUACCAACUCACACGUAAGUGCUACCAUGCUUACAUUUGUACAUUAAGAACAUCGUUAUGAAAAGCGAAUGGCAAACAAAGUGAACAAACUUGGCAAGCUAACAUUUAGUCUUGUUUGUCAAGCAGCUGCUAUAUGCGUCCUGUGUGGUCUUGACACAUCUCAGAACUACAAACCAGUUCACUUCUUCUCGAGCUGAUGGCACGCAGUCUCCAUCUAGUGGUAUUCGCAUAUAAAACCAUUAUAUUAGGCAGCUCAGUGGCAUUGUGGUUUGCACCAUCCAAGGUUGGAAUCUGUGUUGGGACGUCUCUGUGCAAUAGGGCUGCACAAUUCUGAAAAUACGUGAAUUGUGAUUUUCUUGUUUUGAACUGAGAUCACCAUUCUCUGGGGCGAUUUUUUCCACAUGCACCAUGUUUAAGGCUAUGUGCUUUAUCCCAAUGUUUUUAUUAUUAUUACUAAACUCCUCAUUGUCUUGUUCUGCUUUAAAAAAAAAAAAAGCUCUUUCUGUCAUUCUUCAUCAUAGGUCCUGGAAGGACAGUUGGGAAAAUAAUCAAGUCAGAAACAUGGCAUGCUUGCUCACUCCACAAUACAUUUAUACAUGUAAUAAAGACAAGUCGAAAGGAAAGUCAAUUAAUUAAUGCGACCGCUUCCAGCAAGUCUCUCCGACCAGGGCAAGUUGGCUCUGCUGCCCUGGCCCUAGACAGCGAGGAGGAAAUGUCACCAUCACGCUGACAACAGUCGAGGAGGAAAUGUCACCAUCACGCUGACAACAGUUGAUAUUUACAAAUUAGAUCAUGUGUUUUUAUUCCCGUUUUUUUUGUGCAGUCCUAGUGUGGAGCAUGUUCUCCCCAUGCGUGCAUAGGUUUUCUCCUCGUACACUAUCAUCCGCAUCCCAAAAAACAUGCAUGUUAGGCUAAUUGGAGACUCUAAAUUGUCCAUUGGUGUGAAUGUAAGUGUGAAUUGUUGUCUGUAUGAGUUAUGAAUAUAAACUACAAGAUAAAUUGUGAUUGCAAGCAGAGGUAGCACCAAAAACGCGUUUAAAAUGGUGUACAAUGCUAAUCUUCAAGCAUGCGUGGAAGAAGUGAGGGAGCAUGAGACCCUUAUGAACCUUGACCUCUCCAUAAAAACACAUGUUGAUCACUCGCCUAAGCAGACUGAGAUCACUUUGUUACGGAAUCAACAGCUCAAUCACAGCCUAUACAUGUAAACAGUAGCUUCCAUCUGGAAGAAAACUUCAAAUGACAGAAGUACUGAGGAGUCCACUGAUGUCAACAGGGUUGUGAAGAACAAUUUCACUUGUGUUAAACAAUUUAAUGACCAGUAAAGCCAAGAACCUUCCUGGCCAAAGAACUUUAACCAAAACAUAACAUUCAGCUACUGUAGCUAACUGACGCUCUCGCAACAAACUAACAAUACAAAAUUAAUAAAGUGUCAAACAAAGUGCACAUGGGUAAACGACCCUGCCUGUUAUUACACAACACAAUCUACCAAUCUUGUUGAAAGUAUACAACUUUCUAGAACAUUCCACUGUGUGUUAUUACCAUGUACUUGUGUGGUUAGCAAGCAAGCUAGCACAGCAGCUAGCUAAAUCGUGUUAGCUCACGCGCGACCAGAAGCACAGAAUUAGCAAAGAUGGAGGCGAAUACUUGGAGCCUCACCAUCGUACAAAUCGAGGCGAUCUUUCGGACUGUCAUCAGUAUUUCCAUCCGUGCGCCGCCAUGUUGGACCGAACCCCAAUGUUGAAAUUGUCAGAGCCGAUGCGGCUGCUGCAGAGUUCCGGGAGAGCCUUCCUUUGCUCCCCUGUUUACUACUAUUGUCAAGCAUGAAGGGGGCGCGCCUAAUUUCCGGUUCUGAGUUUGUGUUUUGUUGUUUGACUAAAUCCAAAUUAUUCGGCCUUUAUUUUUUUUAUGUUUUUAAUGUUUGCAUUAUCUUAAGUACUUUGAUUUUUAUGAAGCUGUGUUUUUACCCCAUUGUGUGUACAUUUGCUCAAGAUUUGUAUUCUUUUAUUUUGUAGGUAACAUCACAAGCUUUCUAUGGCGUUUGUGAUAUUCCCGUCUAACUUUAAUACUUACUACCUGGUCCUGUGUGGGUGACGAGUAAAGAGGGAGUUGUCACGCUGUAGUUUGAUUCAUUAUACCGGGCUUGGAAUUGAGGGCGGUGCCUAAACCAUUUACUGUCACUGUCUCGAUAUUCGUCACAUUUAUUACACGCAAAGAUCCAUAUACCUUACUUGAGCAUAUUAUAGUAUUAUAUUGUUGAGUGAAUACAAAGAUUGGUGCUUUUCGAGACGAACACCGCCCAGCUGAGUCUUGGUUUCAACAAUACAAUAACCCGCGACGUAUUAAAGUCAUAACGUUCUUAUAAUCAAAUUAAAUAAUUCAAUUAUGCCUUAUUUGGCUAAAAAAUGAAACAUUAAUUGAUGAGGAUAGUAUUAUUUAUUUUAUACUGGUAAUAACUAUUGAUAUUAAAUGUCAUAUUUAAAAGUUUUUAUUUUAAAGAUGUAAUAUCCCCAGUUUGUUGCACUGAAUGUGUGUGUGUGUGUGUGUGUGUGUGCGGUUAUCAGAGGACGGUCAAUAAGUUUGCCUCCUCCUCUUCCUCCUCUUUUCUCCUUCCUCACUGCACCCAGUUACACUCACCUCACGCUGGAGCGAAGCCUUUUUUGCCUCUUUUUAGUGCAAACAAUGAUUUUUUGGGAGUGUAUUUAAACACAUGCUAGCUUUGCAGUGUUGCUUUGCAGCAGCAGCAGGUGAUCCAGGGACAAACCGAGCUGGGACCGAAUGGGAACACUGGAGUAACUUGCGAGGAAGAAGAAGAAGAGGAGGAGGCGAGUGAAGCUGGUUUCUUUCCCACACGGAGGUGGAGGUCUUUGGAGGAGGAGGGGGAGCUCAAUGCGACUGACUGGAUCAGGGGACCCUGCUGCACCGGGAGCCAUGAGCAGCAGCAGCGGGUCCGCUAACUUUCUGCUGGUGCCCAUCCCGGAGUACCCCCUGCUGGACUGUGUGCCCAACAAGACGGUGAAGAUUGUGGUGUUGGGAGCCAGCAACGUCGGCAAAACUGCUCUCAUCGUCAGGUUCCUCACAAAGCGGUUCAUCGGCGACUAUGAAGCCAACACUGGAGCGCUCUACUCCAGAAAGGUCACACUGGACGGGGAGGAAGUGUCGCUCCAGAUCCAGGACACUCCCUGCGUGGCUCUACAGGACGAUGCUGAGGGCCUCUACUGCCAGGAGCAGAUCAACAGGUCCAUCUACUGGGCCGACGGCUACGUGCUGGUCUUCUCUAUUACCGACCAUAGCAGCUAUCGCACCAUCCAGCCUCUGUACCAGCACGUCAGACGCAUACACCCGUCUGGGAACAUUCCUGUCAUACUGAUUGGCAACAAGAGCGACCUGCUGAGAGCCCGACAAGUGCCUGCGGAUGAAGGCGAGACAUUAGCCUCCUCUCUAGGGGGCGUUUACUUCGAGGCCUCGGCCAGGGAGAACCAUGAGGGCGUCCACGCUGCCUUCCUCCAUCUCUGUCAAGAGGUAUUCCGUGCGCUGGGGGGCGGCAAUGGAGAGAAACGCAGAGGAGGCCUCCACCUGGCCCGGCCCAAAUCUCCCAACAUGCAGGAGCUGAAGAGGAGGUUCAGGCAGGUCCUAUCCUCCAAAGUCAAAUCAGCCACCACUCUCUGAUGCCUCAUGGAGGCAAUCCAAGGAAAAGGAAAAAGGACCUAAGGGUUCCAUUAUGGAAUCAAAGCCACUGACGGAAACAGACUUUUUGAGUGCAAUCUGUCGGCAUCAGACGGACGGAUACAUUUCUGGAAGCCAAGUUCUUCUCCAAUGUGGGUUUUGGACAAAAGCUGUGGGCCAGCCCCGCCACAUUCCUGGGCAACAAAGUUAACAUGCCACUCAAAGUCAGCUGAGCAGUCACGCUCCUUCACAUGUCCACUUUGAGUGUGUUUUAUUUGGACUUCUGUGGAACAAAUGAAGCUGGUUUGAUUAGCUAUUGCUUGGUGUGUGUGUGUUCAUUCCAUAUCUGUAUCAAAACAGGAAGUGACCCCCAAAAGGUCACGACAUAGCGGGCAGAUGGAAAGUAUAGGGAAAGAAAACAAACCGGUGACAAGCUGCAGUCAAGUUGGUAUUUUUGUGUUGAAACUGGCACGUUAAAGGAAAAAGUUCCCAGAGAAGCGUCACUUCUCAGCGUGAAGUUUUCCAUUUGAUCAGACUCAGCAAACAAAGCCUGUUAUUUAUGACUGCUCUAAUGGGAAGUUACAGUAUCUCACAAAAGUGAGCAUGGACCUCACAUUUCCACAAGCUCUUUAUUAUAUCUUGUCAAGGGACAAUACUACAGAGAGUAACCUUGAUAUACUUCAGAGUACUGAAGUCAGUGUAUAACUUCUAUCGCAGUACAGAUUUACUCUCCACUGAAAAUUAGUCAACACCAGUGAGUAGGAAGAUGAUUGUGUCUUGCCUACAGUCAAGCAUAGCGGUGGAAGCAUCAUAGUGUGGGUCUGCAUAAGUGCUGCUGGCACUGGGGAGCUGUGGUUCACAUAAUAAUGAGAACAAAUUGGGAAUAUUUUGUGUGAACACCAUUGUUAUCUUUCAUUGCCCUAAUCCUCUUGGACAUGGACUUCACCAGAACAGCAACGGUUUGUUACUUGAAUCCUUUCCCAGACAUGUUCAGAGGAGACAUAUUUGGUCACUCCAUCACCUUCAGCUUCCUCAGCAAGGCACUUGUCAUGUUGGGGGUGCGUUUGGGCUCCUUUUAAUGUUGCCACGCAGCCCAGUUGUUGCUUCACAAUCUCACAGUGCAUGUUGGAAUUCACAUUUAUCCUCAAUGAACCUCAGCUCCCCAGUGCUGGCAGCACUCGCGCAGUUACCACCACCAUGCUUGACUGCAGGCAAGACACAAUUGUCUUGCUAUUCACUUGUGUUGCCAGCUAUUGAGACAAUAAUGGCUGUGUUGACUUAUUUUCAGCGGAUGAUAAAUCUGUACUGCUACACAAGCUGUACACUGACUACUCAAAAGUAUAUUAAGUUUACUUUGUAUAGUAUCUCCCCGAGACAAAAUAUACAGGAAUAAAAAUGCUUGCUUGAAAUAUGAGGGGUGUAUUUAUGUUCUUGUGUUCUCAUGACCUCCCAACACACAUCGCCAUUCUUCUGCAUCUGGAAUGUCUCUCUCG